UUGGAGCAGAGAGGGUCAGGGGGAGGAGAGGCAAGGGAGUGGAGCGAGAAGACGACAGGAGAUCCACCACAGAGUGACCAGUUUAACCGGACCAUCCUUGCACUGCUUGGCAACAAAUGGUCCUCCACUCUGGCCGCUCCAAUCGCGCCGAAUUGGAUUGUCUGCCGCGGUGCUGUCGGAGAAUAGAAACAGAAGAUGAUUACGGUGAACCCAGCAGAAGCCGUGGAGAUAGGCCUGGUUGUAGAGACAUUUAUUAACCCUGGUCUCUGAUCACUGGCUGUGGCACAAACAUCUGGAGGUCUGUGUGCCAUUUGGCCUUCUUCCUUUCGUUCUCACCCUGUGGCCUGGCAUUGUGGCCUCUACAAAUCUCUCCUCGCUUCAUCAAAAUUUCAUUUAGGGGGAUAAAUGAGUGAACCGGCUGGAAGGGAAAGGGCUGGGACAUGUACCAGAACCCCGACAGAAUGUCCUGGUUCAGUGGUCUCCUAGUUGCCAGAGUGGAUGACCGCAAGACUGCGUGGGGUGAGCGCAAUGGCAAGAAGUCCAAAAGGAAGGGAGGCUCAUCUCUCUGCAACCCGCGUUACAUGAGCUGUCUGCGGGACCCAGAUGCUAUGGAGCCCCCUUCCGGAGCCCCCCUCCAUCAGCACCACCGCGGAGGGGUGGCAGGGGCUGUAGGAGGUGGGGGCAACUUUGGUGUCCGCUGCGGAUGGCAGGAGGACCACUAUGGCAAAAGGGGAGGGGCUCCUGGGGAAGGGGUGGGGCUUAAAUCUGUUGACUUGGGCUUUGAAGAUGGGGAGUUGAAAGGGAGGAAAGGGGGGUGCAAUGGAGGAAGUGGGGACAUGGGAGACGAGGGUCCCAACGGCGCAACAGGGGUGGUGACGGCUGCGGACUGCUGGCUCAGGGUGGUGCGUGUGUUCCAGUCAAAAAAGUUCCAGUCCCGCAAACUGGAGCGCCUAUACCAGCGUUACUUCUUUAGGCUGAACCAGAGCUCACUGACCAUGCUCAUGGGGGUACUUGUGAUAGUGUGCGGCAUCAUGCUGACCUUCCACUGUGUCCACGCCGCCCCUCACGUGGCUUAUUCGUCAGCCCUUUCGGUAGCGAUGGCACUCUUCAUGGCUCUUAUGGUAGUGUGCAACCGCAACGGUUUCCACCAGGACUACAUGUGGAUGGUCAGCUAUCUGGUGAUUGGAGUCUUGGUGUCAGUACAGGUGUUUGGGGUGCUGAUGGUGGCACCCAGGAGUGCUUCAGAAGGAAUUUGGUGGUCCGUGUUCUUCAUCUACAUCAUCUACACUCUGCUGCCUGUGAGGAUGAGGGCAGCUGUGCUGAGCGGAGCGGUGCUGUCCAUCAUACACGUCGUCACCACCUGGCAGAUCAACCAGGAAGACAAGUUCCUGUGGAAACAAGUGAGUGCUAAUGUACUGAUCUUCCUGUGCACUAACAUCAUUGGCAUCUGUACCCACUACCCCGCUGAAGUUUCCCAGAGACAAGCCUUUCAGGAGACCAGAGGUUACAUCCAGGCCAGGCUUCAUCUGCAAAGGGAGAAUCAGCAGCAGGAACGUCUGUUGCUUUCAGUGUUGCCAAGGCAUGUUGCUAUGGAGAUGAAGGCUGACAUCAGUGCUAAGAAGGAAGACAUGAUGUUUCAUAAGAUCUAUAUCCAGAAACACGACAAUGUCAGUAUUCUGUUUGCAGACAUCGAGGGUUUUACCAGCCUCGCGUCUCAGUGCACAGCCCAGGAACUGGUCAUGACACUCAAUGAACUCUUCGCCCGUUUUGACAAGCUGGCAUCGGAGAACCAUUGUCUCCGUAUCAAAAUUCUGGGUGAUUGUUACUAUUGUGUGUCCGGGCUGCCUGAACCCCGAGCUGACCACGCCCAUUGUUGUGUAGAGAUGGGCGUUGAUAUGAUCGAGGCCAUCUCGUUGGUACGCGAGGUGACGGGGGUCAACGUUAACAUGCGCGUCGGCAUUCACAGCGGGCGUGUGCACUGCGGCGUGCUGGGACUUAGGAAGUGGCAGUUUGAUGUGUGGUCAAAUGAUGUCACACUGGCCAAUCACAUGGAGGCAGGAGGCAAAGCAGGGCGGAUCCACAUCACAAAGGCCACUUUGCAGUACCUGAAUGGAGAUUAUGAGGUGGAACCUGGUUUUGGAGGCGAGAGGAAUGCAUAUCUGAAGGAAAACAGCAUUGAGACUUUCCUGGUCCUCGGCUGCAGCCAGAAACGGAAGGAGGAGAAGGCGAUGAUGGCGAAGAUGCAGCGGACGAGAGCCAACUCCAAUGAGGGGUUGAUGCCGCGCUGGGUCCCUGACAGGACCUUUUCCAGGACCAAGGACUCCAAAGUCUUCAGACAAAUGGGGAUCGAUGAGUCCUCCAGUAAAGACAACCGGGGUGUUCAGGAGGCCAUGAACCCGGAGGAUGAGGUGGAUGAAUUUCUGGGACGAGCCAUUGACGCUCGCAGUAUCGAUCAGCUUAGAAAAGAUCACGUCAAAAAGUUCCUACUCACCUUCCAGACCUCCAGCCUGGAGAAAAAGUACUCCAAGAAGGUGGAUGACCGUUUUGGGGGCUAUGUAGCCUGCACUCUGCUAGUAUUCUGCUUCAUAUCUUUCAUACAGAUUGUUAUCUUUCCACACACCCCAGUAAUGCUGGGAAUCUACAUCAGUAUCUUCAUCAUACUCGCCAACAUCCUCUUCAUCUGUGCCAUAUACUCUUGCAUCAAGCUCUUUCCAGCUGCGAUGCAGACUGUUUCCAAGAAGAUUGUCCAGUCUCGCACCAACAGCACCCUGGUUGGAGUGUUCUCUAUCAUCCUCGUCUUCAUCUCUGCCUUUGUUAAUAUGUUUGCCUGCGACACCAAUAGCUUGAUGGAAUGCGUCGCUGAGAAGCUGAACACCUCUGCAGCCCUGGUGACGCCUUGUCUGAUCCGCAGCUUGAAUGUGUCUAUUGAAGGGGGUCUUGAGAUCUGUCCAAGCCAAGGUCCUUCCUGUCCCUUUCCUGAGUAUUUCAGCUACAGUGUGCUGCUGACGCUGCUGGCCUGCUCCGUGUUCCUGCAGAUCAGCAGCAUAGGGAAGCUGGCCCUCAUGCUGCUUAUCCAGCUCACCUUCCUGCUGCUGGUGGAGUGGCCACAAGUAGCACUAUUUGACAACGCAGACCUCUUUGUCACCUCCAAUGCCAUUGAUUUAAAUGAAACUACGUCUCAGUGGUCCAGUUUCAAUGAAACUAUAAACCAGUGCCCAUUUGUUGUGACCAAAGUGUCCCUGCGGGUCAUGACUCCUGUAAUCCUGACAGUUUUUGUCCUGGCACUGUACCUGCAUGCUCAGCAGGUUGAAUCUACUGCACGCCUCGACUUCCUGUGGAAAUUACAGGCCACAGAGGAGAAGGAGGAGAUGGAAGAACUACAAGCCUAUAAUCGUCGCCUCCUCCAUAACAUCCUACCCAAGGAUGUAGCUGCUCACUUCUUGGCUCGUGAGCGGCGCAACGACGAGCUGUAUUACCAGUCCUGUGAGUGCGUGGCUGUCAUGUUCGCCUCCAUCAGCAAUUUCUCUGAGUUCUACGUAGAGCUGGAGGCCAACAACGAGGGAGUGGAGUGUCUACGGCUGCUCAACGAGAUCAUUGCUGAUUUCGAUGAGAUUAUCAGUGAAGAGAAGUACAGGCAGCUAGAGAAGAUCAAGACCAUUGGUUCCACUUACAUGGCAGCCUCGGGUCUCAAUGAUUCUACGUACGACAAAGAGGGUCGCACACAUAUUACUGCACUGGCAGACUAUGCCAUGAGACUGAGAGAGCAGAUGAAGUACAUCAACGAGCAUUCCUUCAACAACUUCCAAAUGAAGAUAGGUCUGAACAUCGGGCCGGUGGUAGCAGGGGUUAUUGGGGCACGGAAACCCCAGUAUGAUAUUUGGGGAAACACUGUCAAUGUGGCCAGUCGCAUGGACAGCACAGGUGUACCUGACUGCAUACAGGUGACCACAGAUCUCUACCAGGUGCUUGCAAACAAAGGAUACGUGCUGGAGUGUCGCGGUGUUGUUAAGGUCAAAGGAAAAGGGGAAAUGACAACCUACUUCCUGAACGAUGGGCCGCCCAACAGUUAGCAGCCUUGAUAGCAGCAGAUUCUGGGAUGAUCCCUACUGCAAGGACACGGCACCACUGACCGAGGACUCACGGCGCGAGCAAACAGCUAAAAACUUCAGUCGCCAUCACUUGAAUCCCAAGCAAAGAGAAAAAAAAAAGAACUUUUAAGACUUCAAAAGUAAAGUGAUCUUGAUAGGAGGAAAAAGUUCUUGUUUGACAGCCAUUUUGGCCCACAUACAUGUUGAAGGACACGUGUUUUUCUCAUGUCUAGCCUCUCUCUCAGGCUUCUUGAAAGAUGCAAAGUCUGUUUAUUUAAACAAACGCCUUUUAGCCUGUGUCAAAAGAAGAUUAACGCUGUACAUAAGGCUACUUUUUAUUUUACUUUGCAUUCUUUUCAGUAAUUUUUAUUUCACAUGAAUUCUGAACAGGUACUCAUGGUUUGUUUCUGCAUUAAUUAUUUAUUUCAAUCUCAAUGUUUUGUGCUAAAGGUCCUUUAUUAAAACAUGUGAACACAUACGUGCACAAAUAUCCAGUUUAUUACACGUUUAUAAGUGUGUAUGUACAUGCAUAUUUGUGUGUGUAUGACUAUAUGUAUAAACUGAGGAGGAAUAUAUUGACCAAAGACUAAAGUAUAAACUAAAAGCAAGGCAGGACAUGUUGAUGUGUUCUCGCUAAAGUCAGCAAUGAUCACCACUUCUGGUUUUUUGGGCAGAAGGCUUGAGCCCUCUGUUCUUUUGCCCAACGGCUGGUUGGAGGCUGCUCCUUUGUUUUCAUAGAAUAUGUAGAAUUUAUUUAUUUUGUCUGUCAUUUAGGCAGCAGAGAGCAGAUUUUUAAUUCUAAAUAAUAAUUAUUACCCUCAAUCACUUAAAGAGAUUAAAUUAUAUACAACUAAAGACGACCAAGGAUGUUAAAAGUUUAUUCUUGAGAUCUUUAUUUAUUUAUUUUUUCCAAGCAGUGGAAGAGAAUCAAGCUACGGUAGGAUUAGGAUUUUCCUCAUCCUCAUUUCAGAUUGUUACCGCUGUAACCGCAUACUGUCAUUGACUGCUCCUUCCCUUUCAAAGAGGUACUUUUUUGUUGCUGAAGGAAAUGAAUGAAAAUACAUCAGCAAAUCUGUUCCAGAGCCUCCAGGCGGGGGAAAACCUCAGAUUUCAUUGCAGUGGCAUCACACAGCCUGAUUCUUCUAUGAAGAAGAAAUAGAUGAAGGAAAGAAAUAUCUAUUGAUUUUGACUAAAUACUGUGCUUUGUAAUCCUGAAGGGGCAUAACUAUUUUCACUGUGAGGUUUUUAUGAUACAACAAAACUGCUUUCUUGCCAAACAUAACUGCUUUGAAGCAUGUCCGACUGUGGUAUCUUGUUUUCAUUUUUGUUUGUUUCAGCGUAGGGUAUUUUGUAUCGAUUCUGUAUCCAUCAUUUGUAUAUUCUUAAUGUUGUUAUUAUUAUGAUGAUUCUGGUUAAUUAUUAUGCUUAAUAUGAUGAUUCCAUUCCGAUGAAAAGGAUCAAAGACCAGCACGCUUUCUUGUAAAAUGCCAGUUGUGAAGAUCAAGCUUACUGGUACCAACGGAUCAACUGCAGUCAUUGAGUUCUGCUGUUCAGUCCUGCUAUACAAGACAGUAUUUGGGCCUGCGAUAGGUAUGACCAUGUUCAAGUCUUACUUAAAAUGAUGUGGGGUCAUGUAAGCAAAGCAGAAAACACACACAAAUGUUUUGCUGUGUUUUUAUUUGGCUACUGCAGCAGUUUCAAUCUUGGUCAGGCUGUUGAGGUCUCCUCUUACUUCCAGACAUUAAACCUUUACGUGGUAACAGACACCAUCCCUCUGUGAAAAGGACAAAGCAGAAUAAGCAGGCCUACACAUUUUUUUUUUCUCGAAUUAUGCCCCAUUCAUUCAGUCUUUUAACAACAAUUGGAAGAACUAGUUUGAUUGCCUUAAGUUAACAGUCAGAAUAACUUACCCUGCCUGGACUGCUGAUGCUUGGACACAGAGAAAGGACUCGUUCACAGCAAUUUUCGGUUAACUUUCUAAUCAUUGCAAUGAUCUUGAUUUCUCCAGCACAGCUCUUUGUAAUUUGGAGAAAUCAGCACUGAGUGUGCUCCUCUCACACUCUCACCACUGGCAGCCAACAGUUGAUCGCGUUUGUACCAAAGCCAGCUCACGCAGCCUUGUGCUAUUGGUCCCUUCUGUGCAAUGAAAUUUGGGCUCGGGCACCAGAGGACAGUAAUGUAACUGAGAUCACGAACUAUCACAUGAACUGUGACCAAUGAAGAGUGAUUCAUAUAAGCAGAGAGUUUAUAGCGUGGACAUGAGUUUAUAAAGAUGUUCAUUGUAUGUAUUCUAUUUCUAUUGGCUGUCCAUAGACUUGUGUUGAUUGUUAACUCUUGGGAUGCUUUUCGGGGGAACAGGAGCAGGGAGGAAGGUUGUCCCCCCAUACUACUGAAACAGUGUUUUGCUCAGGCCUGAUGAAUCCUUCCGUAUUUGUUUUUUGUUUUAUUUGUAUUUUCCCUGAGUUGGAGGAGUUGAAAGGGGAGUGUUUUUGCUAAGUUGAAGGACAAGAAGAGUUGAGGACUAUGACAAAGAGAAAAAUUUCCCCAUGAAGAGAAAAAUAAAAAAAAAAUAAAAUCAA